AUUCAGUUCGCGAAAAAUGAGUGUACGCGCCACCAGAGAAUUUUCCUCGUCCGAGGGCCCAAGUACGGUUCGUACGACAACUUACGAGUCGAGAACAAACUCUUCUCUAGACGAUGAUGCCAGCCGAAGACCACUCAUGGGUAAGAAGACUACGAUUAUCCAGAGAACUUCGAUGGGUCCUGCUAGAUCUCCUGGUCGUUCGGGUUAUUCGAUUGAAAGGUCAACGUCGAACAUGUCUUACGGUGCACCGAGCGGUGCCUACGCUGCCAUGUCGAGCGUCGGAGUCGAUAAUGUAAAAACGUCACGCGAAAGAGAAAAGAAGGACAUGCAAGACCUGAACGAAAGAUUUGCCAGCUACAUAGAGAAGGUUAGAUUCUUGGAAGCACAAAACAGAAAACUCGCCCAAGAAUUGGAGAAUCUAAAGAAUAAGUGGGGAAAAGAGACAGCCGCCAUUAAGGCUAUGUACCAGGCGGAAUUGGACGAAGCGAGAAAAUUGUUGGACGAGGCGGAGAAGGAAAAGGGCACUUUGGAGAUAAAGUGCACAAGUUUGGAGCAGACGAUUGACGAACUUCGCAGGAAAUGCGAAGAUCUUCAGCAAGCUAGAGCCGUUGAUCGGGAAAAAAUUGAAAGGUCUAACCAACAAUUAUCGGAGUACGAGAGCGAAAUUAACCUCUUGAGGAGAAGAGUCGACACUUUGGAGACUGAUCGCGAAAGAGACAAGAAAGAGAUUCAAAGACUAACGGAAGCAUUGAACAGAGCCAGAAUUGAUCUGGACAAUGAAACUCUAAAUCAUAUAGACGCUGAGAACAGACGCCAGACACUCGAAGAAGAGUUGGAAUUCAUGAAGCAAGUGCACGAACAGGAAAUGAAAGAGCUGGCGGCACUCGCUUACAGAGACACUACUGCCGAAAACAGAGAAUUCUGGAAGAACGAAAUGGCCCAAUGUCUCAGAGAAAUCUCCAACACGUACGACGAGAAAUUAGAAUUGAUGCGCGGAGAGUUGGAAACAUACUACAACCUCAAGAUGCAAGAAUUCCGCACCGGGGCUACUCGUCAAAAUAUGGAAACACAACAUGCAAAGGAGGAGUCGAAACGCUUGAAGCAACAACUGUCAGAUAUGAGGUCGAAAUUGGCCGAUCUGGAAGCAAGAAAUGCCAUGUUAGAGAAGGAGUGCGACAGCCUAAGAAGAGAUUACGAGGAGAAGGAGAGAGAAUGGCAACAGGAGAACGACGAGUUGAAGCAAGAGGUUGCCAAACUAAGAGCAGAAAUGGAAGCCAUUCUGAAAGAAUUACAAAACAUUAUGGAUACAAAGCUUGGCUUGGAGUUGGAGAUUGCUGCUUACAGAAAACUGCUCGAAGGAGAGGAGAAUAGGUUAGUGGAAUACUUUUUAAUAUAUUCUUCGUUGUAUCGUCUGUCCGUCUUCGUCUUAAAUUUAUCUCCCUAUUUCUGUAUUGGACGGUUUUGGUGACAAGGAGAAAUGGAGAAAAUUAAAAAAAGAGGAAAAGAAGAAGAAGCAGAAGAAGAAGGAACGUGUCAAUUUAUUUUGCCCUUCUCUAGCGAUCCCCAAAGAUAAAUAUUUUAUAUAAGACGAGUUUAAUAUCUAAAGAAAGAGCAUAGAGGGGACUUUCUUUUACUUAAAGUUCCUCCUCUUCUUUUAGUUCUCUUCUCCUUUGAUUUGUACUUCUAUGUGGCGGCAGCCAGCAAAAGUUUGAACAAAAAGGACGAGAGAAAGAAAGAAAGAAAGAGAGAAGAAAAGACCGAGUGCAUAACCUCAUUUAGGAUGAUCAUAGAUUUCAAAGUCUAUAGUUAAUUACAACUAUAUUAAUUAUACGACGGUUCAUUAGCGAUUUCGAUGUAAUGCAGCGCAAAAAUUUGAAAAACUAUAUACAGUAUAGAUAAUCUUUAUCUGGGCUUCUUCUUCUUCGUCUACCUAUCAGUCUAUUUCGCCAGGUUUUUCUAUUCUUUAUUUCACCAACGCCACCUAUAACAAGGACAUAUCUACAAUAUAAAAAAGAAGUUUAUUGUCGAUUUAUUCCGUGCGUUUGCAUUACAACAAGCGAACCUCGAUUAAAUAUCAAUACGUAUGCACCAAACCGGAUUAAUUAAGCAGAAAGGGGAGAAAAAAAAUGCAGGCUGCUAGCUCUACCUUUUAGUCGAUAGGUUUCACUUUCGCCAUCUGGCGAAUUGAAAUUAAAAUAAUAUACAAAAUUGAAAAGCAUUGAAAGCGUUAAAAGAAACUAUAAUUAUAAUAUUUAAUGUAUUAAUUAAAUGUUCAUAGAGUUGGUCUUCGUCAAGUCGUUGAAUCGUUCAUUGACACGCAAACCAGAGCGAGUCAAAGAAUGGACGACGAUGGUAUGUGAACAAAAAUGCUUCACUCUACUAACAUACGCUUCUUUUUUUUAUUUCGCUGCCUAACAAAAGAUCGCACCAACAACAUAGCUCUGAUAUAAGUCAGUUGAUCGGUGCCCUGACUGGAAUUAGUCAGGCUUCGGAAGAGGCUUUAAAAUCUUCCACUUCCACUUCUUCUAUCGCUAAGGCUGAUGUUAAACCAACAGAAUCUAAGCCUACUCAACAACCAGCAGGAUCGGGCGACGCACGUUCAGAAGACGAUCUACUCGUCGUAAAAGAAGCAAAGAAAGAAUCAAAGAAAUAGAAAAAUUAUUGGUGGUGGGAAUUGAAAAAAGAAAAAAAAAAGAAGAAAAUAUUAAAAAUUUAAUAAUAAUCAUAAUUCAUAAUUCAUAAUGAGGAUGAUGAUGAUGAAACCAAUUCGAGAAAAUAUUUAUAAAAUUUAUGAAUAUUUCAUUUUUAUUUUUUAAAUGUAAGGUUUUUUGCUAAAAAUCAAAAAAAAGUGGUAAUUUAAAUGCUUUGUUUUGUGCCGUUUUUUUUUUCUCUUUCUAUCCGCCUGACUGCUCGCUCUAUUUGCUUAUAUUCUUAUUGCUUAUUAUAUUUACAAAAACAUUUUUUUUUGCUAUUUUAACUAGAGAAAGAAAAGAAACUAAUAUUUUAAAAGGCUUUAUAUAUAUAUAUAUAUAUAU